UUUGUAGAAUUCUGUUGUUGCUACGUUCUGACAAGUGGUCUAUUUAUCUCUAACUUUAUAAAAUACCGACUUUUAAUUAACUAUGUUAUGAUAAAAUAAUCUUUUAAUAAAUCAUGGAGUUCAGUGAAGAACCUUUUGAUAAUCUAUUUGAAGUUUUUGAAGAAUUGGGAAAAGGGCAUUUUGCGACGGUGAAGCGAUGUGUACGUCGCAGCGAUGGAGCCGCUUUCGCCGCCAAAACGCUGAAGAAGCGGCGCGUGUGUCGCGGAGUGGCCGCCGAAGACAUACGUCGCGAGGCGCAUGCGCUCGCUAAGCUCAGUCAUGUCAACAUAAUCACACUACAUGCUGUAUACGACACUGGCCAGUCGGUUGUGCUCUUGCUCGAACUGUGAGUUUCAACUCAAAUACGGUAUUCAACUAGUGACCCCCUGGGUUGGAGAAAUUGCUCAAGAACUAAUGUAUUGUAAUCUUUGUAACCUCCAACUUUCAAUCAUAGCCUACAGAAUUGUUGAAAGCUAUGGAAGUUACAAGAAUAAUUAGACCGUAGGUUUCAUUGGAGAUCCUAUUUGAAAUGAAAAAUUUCUUUGUUGCUUCAACAUCUUUGUCCCUCAUAUGAAUCCAAAUUUAUUCUUUAAAUGAGAAGGUGGUCAUGUGAUACAUGAUUUCUAUACAGAAUUUAUUCACAUCUCAACCCGUACCAGUUUGGUGAUGUAAAAUUUGUGAAUUAUGUUGUAUAGUAUCAUGACACCCAAGGUACCUAGAAUACAAGGUACUGGCCACGCGCAUCUCGAUCUUUUAAUGAUCAGAGUCAGAUGAUCGGUGUGACGUCAUUGGUACUCUGAAAGUCUAUUCUUCCUAUCUUUUCAAUGUUAAAUUGAGCAACUUCGUAAGUCUUUUUCUCAAAACGUAAAUGACUCAAGUCACUGUGACAUCUACGAUUCAUACAAUAUUCAUCUUUAAUUUUUCUA